AUGCUGAUAAAGCCGGACCUUACCGGCGCCAGCCCUUCCCUCACCCUCCCGCCGGCGACGGCCUGCGGCAAUUGCGGCGUGGAGGAGCGGCGCCUCCUCCACCACGUCCGCCACCGCGGGAUCUUCCGCCGCCUCUGCACGACCUGCGUCCUGCGCCUCCACCCGCAGUCCUUCUGCCCCGUCUGCUACCAGGUUUACCCCCCGGCCCCUCCGCUCGACGCCGUCGCCACCUGCUUCAAGUGCUACUCUUCCUCCCACUCUCAAUGCGUCCGGCCCGCCGGCGGCCCUCCCCACACCACCCCCUACGUUUGCCUCCUCUGCCUUCACCCCAACACCCCCAUUUUCAAACUCAAAUCCGCUAAAGAAGCCAAUAUCUGCGAACCCUCUGACGUGGACCUCGAUGGUUGCAGGGUGAUGGAUAGAGACGCCGCCAAGAAACUGCUGGCCGCUGCCAAGAUUGCCUCUAUGUCGAUGAACAAAGCAGUCACCUCCGCCAAGGCCGAAGCAGAGAGGCGAGCGAAAGAAGCAGCUUACACGCGGAAAAGGGCUAAGGAAGCUCUGGAUUAUGUAGCCCAUCUUGUGAUGAAGGAAAAGCUGAGGAAGAAAGAGACUGUCCUGGCUGGGCCGUCUGGUGGGUCCAGUGGAUAUGUUGUGAGAAUGGACAGGGAAAAUAGGAAUGUAGGUGUAAGUGCUAGUUAUAGUAAUGGGAAUUCAUGUAGUGGUUUGAGCCAGACUGUGGUUUUGGAUGGGAAUGCUGAUAGGGUGGAUAAUUCGGGUCACAUACUGGCGGCACUCAAUGCUGUUGGGCUGAAAGAAAACGAUAAAAUCAGAGGUGGGAUUUCAGGGAAUAACGGUGAACAUGUAAAUUUCAUGAAUUUGGAGGGUGGUUUGGGAAGUGUCGAUGGUCAGGGAGAGCAAAUUGAGGAUGUUAACGAUGAUAAUGAUGGCUUGGUUCAGUUUGUGGAGGAUCAGAUGCAGCACGAGGAAGAGAAUAAUCAUGGUGGAGAGCAUCAUAUGAAUGGGGAAGAUCUGUAG